CUGGAUCUAUUACACGACUAUUACAGGAUUAUUCUUAUCAUGUUAUCUAAUCGUUGUACUGUGAAGUUUAAUUCGUCAAUCCGUAACUCGCUAAGUGUUACAGGUGUAGAAGUUGACACUCAAGUGUCCUCGCCACUCACUGUCCGACGUGAUGGUCACACUGUGGUUAAGUAUUUGUCAAUUAUUAUUAAUAGUUGUGUAUAAGAUUACAAAACAAUCGGAUAAUCUUGUUUUACGCGAUUUACUCAACCAAGCCAAACGUAACCUAACCUAAGAGGUGAGGGUUGUGAACUCUUGGAACAAUCUGCCAGAGAGAUGUGAUGGUGCUGAGUGUGAGCUUCUUCAAGACCAGAGUUGACCAACACUGGUGCAGGUACAGAUAUGGCCUGGAACCAGUACAUGCCCAGAGUACUUACCAACAGUGCAUAACAGAGACACAACCGUUUGCCUAAGUGGCUAACAAGCCGAUCAGCAAGAUUAAUGUCUCCAAGUAUGGUCAUCCAUCCUCUACUGAGGAAUACCCUCCUUGCAGGGGCAAGGAAGGUACACAUACCCCAGGUACCAACUACCGGUAGCAACUCUAAUAGUUCGUUUGUUUUGUAUGGAAAUUUCAUACAAGGCUGCAGCUUCAGCCAGCCCUCAGGAAGUAAAAUCAUACCAACACCUUUAAAGUUUUUUAACUAUCAUAAUCAUCAAUUAAUGCAUCAGACAAAUCUCUCAUCAUGUACACCCAUGAGCAAAGGAAGUGUACAGUCCCUAGUAAGUCACAGGGAGUUCAGUUUCACUAUAUGUUGCAAAAUAAUAGAUUCAUGUCGAAAUGCUAGAACAAGACUUAUUAGUAAGGUCAAUAAUGUUCUUCAGAGAACUCCUAAGUCUAAAGUUGGGUUCAGAAAAGUAAGACUGGAUAAAAUAAUUUUGGGGUCAAUGUUCCUCAGCCCAUCACAGUUAUUUAGAAAUCAAAAGGAGGAGAAAAUGAUAAUUGCUGAGCUGCCUAAGGAACCAAAGAAGAAAACAAGAGGAAGGCUGUUUCAGCUUCUUCUUAGUGUGUAUGAACUUUUGCAACUUUGUCUCCGAGCUCUUCGCCUUGUUCUGACAUUUGGUCCAAUUUUGGCAUUGUAUCCUGUUACCUACUUGGGGAAGACUGCUACUGAUGCAUGGUGGAAUCUGCUCUUAAUAGCAGUAGAAUUUUCGGGUCCAAUCCUAAUCAAGCUGGGCCAGUGGGCAUCAACACGUCGAGACAUCUUCCCAGAUUCAUGUUGUUCCCAGUUCUCUCGACUCCAGAGACGCAUUGAACCCCAUUCGUGGAAGUACACUCUCUAUCAAAUGAAAAAAGCUUUUGGUCCCCACUGGAGAAAGGUUUUCGUUAAGUUUGAUAAUGAUUGUAAGCCUAUUGGGUCUGGCUGUGUUGCUCAGGUAUACAAGGUAUGGAUGGCCACAGAUGCCAUUCUUGACAAUGAUAUAAUGGAGGAAAUUCUCUUGGACAUGGAUGAUGACACCCCAAACUUGCAGGAAGGACUGGAAGUCAUGGGAUUUGGAAACCUCUUUAGUUCAGAAAAUUUGAUGAAGUUGGAACAAGCUCGUGCAUUGCAAGAUUGGCAAGAGCAACGAGAAUUGAAGAGACAUCAGAAGAAGGAACAACAACAGCUGUUGAUCCAACAGUCACAAGCAGAAAAUGAAGGCCAACCACCUAAAGUACAAACAGUUGAAAUUCCUAAAGAAGAAACUGACGUACUGUCCAUAGUAGAAAAUUUAGCAAGUGAUGUAUUAAAUAGUGAAGACCAAACAGCAGUUGACUCCAGAGAAACAGCAGAGCCUGGGGCAAAUAUUAAGGGCGAGGUUGAGGAAGACUUACUCACGCAUUCUCUGGUGGAGGAAUGGCAGGAAGGUACCGAUAGUCAUGAUAAGUCACUGCCACUUGAUGAAGCCCCACCAGAUGACCUGGAGGGUCUGGUGCCAGUGGCCAUCAAAGUUCUUCACCCAGGUGUACAGUCAGCCUUCAAGAGGGAUCUAAGGAUCAUGAGAGCAUUUGCAUGGUUCAUCACAUUCGUCUUCCCAUCAGUUAAAUGGCUGUCACUUCCUCAGUGUGUUGAUGAGUUUAGUGAAGUAGUGACUGCUCAGAUCAAUCUAAAGACAGAAGCGGAAAAUUUGGAAACAUUUUCAGAAAAUUUUGCUGACAUCUCCUUUAUCAAAUUUCCUAGACCACUGAGACCUUAUGUGACUAAAAAGCAGGUGUUGGUGGAGACAUAUGAGGACGGUGAACCAAUGAUCAACUUCAUCAAAUCCUCAGAGGAAGAUUCAAAUGAAGAACUAAGGAAGCGCUUGGCUGUGAUUGGUGUUGAUGCAUUGUUGAAAAUGGUAUUUGUGGACAAUCUCGUUCAUGGAGACUUACACCCAGGGAAUAUGCUUGUGCAGAACAAUAGUAAUGGUCAAGAAGGUGGAACCACCUCUGCUGGAGACACUGUUCGCAUCGUGAUGGUGGAUGUUGGGUGUGACACUUUUGUCAUGGAUGUACAGCCAGAUCCAAAUCCCCUGCGCAUCUGUAUCUUGGACUGCGGCUUUGUGUCAAAGCUCAGUCAACAAAAUCUAAACAACAUAAGGGCUGUAUUUAAGCAAAUUGUGCUUGGAGAUGGUGAAUCAGUUGCAGAUCUUUUCCUCAACAAUAGUGAGCAUCAGUGCAAAGAUCCAGAAGCCUUCAAAGGAGAAAUAACAGAUCUUGUGCAGACAGCCAGAGAAAACACCAUAUCCCUGGGACAGGUGGAUGUGGGAAUGCUGCUACAACAGGUUCUGGGUAUCCUUCUACGUCACCACGUCCGCCUGGAGUCGGCCUUCAGUGCUGUAGUUCUGGCAAUAUUCGUCCUGGAAGGUCUCGGAAGAAUGUUGGAUCCAAACAUGGACAUAUUAGAAAGAGCCAGACCAAUAUUGGUCACAGGAAACAUGAACUAACUUCCCUCCAGACAAAAAAAGAUUAAUCAAUGAAUUAAUGUAUAAGAUAGAAAAAAUUUUCUUAGGUGUAUAAUUCAUAAAUUUUUUCUAGUGUUAAGAGUUAUUACCUACCAUUCAUUGUAAAGUGUUUGAUAUUAAACUUGAGAUUAUCUGUGAAAACAAAGAUUAUGAAUGCUGGAGUACUAGAUGAGUUUUUAUAGAAUGAACAAAUAUAUGGUACAUGAAACCCUCGGUAUAACGGACACUAUGUCACAGACCCUGGUUAUACGAGACGCCCUAACCCUAUCGGACAAACCCUCGAGAUAACAAACAAACGUCUGUUAUCCCUUAUCCCUGAGGAGUUGUUUGAUAGUUUGUCACUGCAUAAAGAAUAUGUUAGUCAAAAUAAAAUACCAAAUUACAUAAUACAAAAAUAAUAUA